CUGUGUGGAAAGCGCCUGCUGUAACUCUCCCCAUUAAUCUAAAGAAAAGAAUGGUGUAAACAAAGCAGGAUUUGGCGACUAGCUGGUGAGUAACUGGUCGAAGCAGGUAGGAGGAGGAGUAGGGCAAACCUGGAAGAAAGCAACAGCAGCCACGAUGGAGAGUCUCAAAGUGCGGCGUUCGGCGCAAAAUGCAUAGUUUAUGGAGCCUCACUUCAUCACUCCACCAUAAAAUACCAUGGAAGCACCCAUGCCUUGAAUGCACUGCUCCCUCAAAACCCUACACCCUUACCUUCCAUGUCUCUCGCCCCAAAGCUCCUAUAAAGACCACCUGCUGCCUCUUCAGGUCACUGAAACCCCAGCAAUCGAUCGAUCUUCCAUCGAUGGCGACCGGGGCUGGUUCGCCAUGCGGCGCCUGCAAGUUCCUGCGCAGGAAGUGCACGUCGGACUGCAUCUUCGCGCCCUACUUCGGCUCCGACCAGUCACCGGCCCAGUUCGCUGCCAUCCACAGGGUCUUUGGCGCCAGCAACGUGUCCAAGCUCUUGGCGCAGGUUCCGGUCCACGAUCGGUGCGAGGCUGUCGCCACGAUCGCCUACGAGGCUCAAGCGCGGAUCAAGGACCCUGUGUACGGCUGUGUCGGCCACAUCUUUGCUCUCCAGCAGCAGGUGAUGCAGGUGAAGGCACAGUUGGCUUACAGAGCGGCACUGUCGAGAGUUUUGGAGGAUCAACAGUGUCAAGAGAACUUCAGUGUCUUUCUGCAGUCUGAUUCGGAGUACGGCGCCGAUGGAGUGCUUCUCAUGCAACAGAUGGGCUGCAGGGAGGAUGUCUCCGCCCAAGAGUUCUGCAGGAAGAGGACACCUCACUAUGAGUUUGGGGAGCUGCAAGCUAUGGCUCAGAGGAUGAUGAGGAGCUAAUCCUCUUCUUUCUUGAUGUUGUAAAUGCCACACUUGAAUAGAAUAGCUUGGAACCUGACAUGAUCAGAAAAACUGGGUAAUAAAAUUGAGUGUUUGAUGCAGUUGAAUUGUUUGAA